CGAAAGAAAAUGCUGCGCAAUUAUCCACUGCCUGAAGGUUGGACAGAAAUUUAUGAUUCCGGAAUGCGCAGGCAUUACUAUUGGAAUCAGAGCACUGAUGAGGUUUGCUGGUUAUCUCCAAGACAUCCAAAGGCAGUCAUUUCUGAAUCUGCUCCAAAAAUAGCUAGAGAAAUGUGGAACUUAAAUAGCCACAAAGCUGAAGAUGUUGCUGAUGAGGAGGUCAACAACAAAGGAAGGAAUAGAAGUGGAAGAGGAAAGGAAGGCAGAAAUCAACAUGAAAAUAGACGUGACAGGAAAAAUGCAAUGGCUAUUGCCAAGCGUGGAAGAGGAGCUGAGGAUGAAAGUGAUGAAGACUCGAGACCAAUUGCAGAAUUAACUGAACGUGACAAACUAAAACGUGCUAAACGUAAGGGAAUUGACCCAAUGGACCCAUCCGCCUAUGGAGAGGCUCCUGAAGGUGCUUGGACAUCUGGACUUGUAGAAGAUCAAGAAGUAAAGACUGGCGUUGAUGUGACUGCUUCUGGACCGCUUUUCCAACAACGACCUUAUCCUGCCCCUGGCGCAAUUUUACGUCGACUCCAUCCGGAUAAGUACCCGCCAACAUAAAAUGGAUCUACAAAAUCAGUGGUCUUUCAGAUGGCUCC